AUGGGAGACCGACUCAACCCUGACUCCAAGGCGCCAGACGUCGGAGAGCUGAGUGCGGGCCUCGAUCUCCCUGGUAUCAAGAACGAGACGACUAACGUCGACUCUUCAGCACGCUUCCUCCAGUCUCACGGCUCUGAAGGCCUUUCAGAAGGCGUAUUGGGUAAGCUCAUAGGACGAGCGCUGGACAAGCCGUUAACCGCGAAUGACCUAGCCCAAUACCUCAGCGGCAAGGACAAGGACGACGCCGCUAAGACACCUCUACGUCGCAAGAGCUACAUUCAAGAUCGCUAUCCAGAGCGCGCAGAUGAAGAACGCCAGUCUACCAAAGUUGUUCCCGCGCCUCCUGGCUUUAUGGGCGAACGUCCUCGUAGGAUCUUCGCGGAGGAGCGUAGCUCUAUCAACCCAGCGGCCAUGCAGUCACCAUUACAGCAAGUACCUACAGGUCCUGCGGGCUUCGGACAGCCUCGUCGCUUCAGCAACCUCCAGACUCCCAACUGGCCGUCUCGCCGGGAUCAUGUACCUGAGCUUUCUAGUCCAGGAGAUUACCGCCCACGUCCACGAGCGCUGACCCGUACCAAGCGCACUGAUCAAGGUCCCGAGCCUUCGCACGCCGACAUCUACCCCGACGAUGCGAAUUUCAUGCCGCGCCGCCCGUCCUACCAAGCAGAGCCUACAGAGAGGUUCCAAGGUUUCAUGCCGGCGACCCUUCCCGAGCGUCCAUUCCGUGCAGAGAACACUGUAGUCUGGCCCACUCCCGCAGAAAUGCAUGCACAGAAGCCUAACAACCAACAGAGACGCAGCGGCUUCCCUCGCCAUGUCCCAGCAUUGGAGAGCCCCGCGCCCGUAGUACGCUGGUCCCCACCAGAACCUUCUUCCAUGGCUCACUACAUGCAGCAGUUCGGAGAGCCCUCCCACCCUUUCGCCUUCACUUUCCCGGCUCCCGCUCCCUCUGCCACUCCGCCGUUCGACAUCUUCGAGAACCACCAUGCCCCCACUUAUGCUGACAUCCACGAGACUGACGCUGAGAUGGAGUGCCUUCUGGGUAUUCUUCCCGACCUCUUCGACCUCGAUCUACCUGAGAUGCCGUCCGACGCGCGCCCCCUCACUCCUGGUCAGAACGACGGUACUCGCUAUGGCCUCAAGUACUACGGCAUCGGUUUAGGUGAUACUUGGGCGUGCCCUGCUGCGCGUGAGGACGAGCCGUUCAGGGUCCGCCCCCGUGAUCAUGAUGGUUGGGGUGGAUGGCAGUGGGCUAUCGACAAGGGUUGGGGCAAUGAGUAA